UUUGUUUUUUUCAAAACCCAGAACAAACCAAAAGCCAUAAGAAUCAGAAUUGUUGUUGUACAUAUCAUUUGACUCAGUUACUCAGAGGAGACGAGUCUCACCUUUUUGUAUAAUGUGACCUGAAUACUCAAUAGUACCUUUUUUUAACGAGGUUAGAACGCCUUAUUACAAUUCACCUGCUUUAUAUUUGUCCAAUGAUCCUAAAACUUAGUGGUUUUUUGAAAUUUUGUUGUGGCUAGCUAUACCAGUUUUGAAACUUUAAGCUUCCUGGCUCUGCAAAUCAAAUUGUUUUUUUUAUUAUUAUUAUUAUUGUUAAAGUUGGUUGGUUAUGUGGAUUUGGAAAUCACGUAUUUAUAUGCCCCUCUUCUCUGAUCUGAUCAUCAAAACCCUAGAUUCUUUAUCCCCAAUCCUCUUCCGACUGAUCGAGUUUGUCAAUUCAACUCGGAGAAAAAGAGGGCGAUUGAAAUUGGAUGAUCACUCUGGGGUUUUAGAGAGAGAGAAAGAGAGUGAAUUUUGGGAAGAAAGAUCAGAAGUUGCAGGGACGGAGUCCCCCGAAGCACAGGCACGACGGGACUUCGCCGCUGCCACUUCGGAUGGAUUGGAGUCCUCCCCCUAGAAAAUGGCUUUACCAGCUUUGGAACUUAAAGCUGUCUGGCUCUCAAAUUGUGUUUCAGAUGGAAGAAGUUUGUCUCAAUAGCGAGCCAGUGUUUGAUGAAGGUGAUGAAUAUGAUCUUGAUGGAGAUUUCUCAAUGGUAGAACAUGAUGUAGAAUCUGGGGAAACACAAAAAAAGGAUCCCCCGCUUCCAACUGUGGGAUUGGAGUUUGAUUCUUUUGAUGCAGCUUAUGAUUUUUACAAUGCUUACGGUAAACAACAGGGCUUUGGCAUUAGAGUGAGCAAUUCAUGGUUCAGAUCAAAGAGAAAAGAGCGGUAUAGAGCUAAAUUAAGUUGCAGCAGUGCAGGGUUCAAGAAAAAGAGUGAGGCCAACAAUCCUAGACCAGAAACAAGAACUGGUUGCCCUGCAAUGAUUGUCAUCAAGCUCGUGGAUUCAACAAGGUGGAGAAUAGUUGAAGUAGAACUUGAACAUAACCAUCAAGUCAGUCCACAAAUCAAGAGGUUUUACAAGUCUCAUAAAAAAAUGAUCCUUGCUGCCAAAAAGGCUCAACCACCUCCUCAGCCUGUUACAGAAGUGCACACUAUUAAGCUGUAUAAAACAGCUGUGUUGGAUUCUGGGUGUAAUGGAUACUUAAGUUUUAAUGAAAGUGAGGGUAUGAGCUCUGUUGAUCACUCUAAACAUUUGGAACUAAAAGAAGGGGAUGCUCAUGCAGUGUACAACUACUUCUGUCGCAUGAAGUUGACAAACCCAAAUUUCUUUUACUUGAUGGAUAUCGAUGAUGAUGGUCACCUCAGGAAUGUUUUCUGGGCUGAUGCCAGGUCCAGGGCUGCAUAUGGUUAUUUUUGCGACACAGUUGCAAUAGACACAACAUGUUUGGCAAACAAGUAUGAGAUACCUCUAAUAUCAUUUGUUGGAGUAAACCACCAUGGACAAUCCAUAUUGCUGGGUUGUGGCUUUAUUGGACACGAAUCAGUAGACUACUUCUUAUGGAUGCUCAGGGCAUGGCUGAAAUGCAUGCUAGAGAAGCCUCCACGAGUUGUCAUCACUGACCAAUGUAAACCCUUGCAAACAGCAAUUUCUGAAGUUAUACCAAAGGCUCGUCAUUGUUUUUGUUUGUGGUAUAUUAUGCAUAGAGUUCCAGAGAAGUUGGGGGGAUUGAAGGGAUAUGAAACAAUUAAAAGACAGUUGAAUAAAUCAGUUUAUAAUUCCUUGAAAAUUGCGGAAUUUGAAACUUCUUGGGCUGACAUGAUCGAACGGUAUGGCCUGGGGGAUAAUAAAUGGCUUCAGAUGUUGUAUGAAGAACGACAGCUCUGGGUUCCAGUUUACUUAAAGGACAUAUUUUUUGCUGGAAUGAUCCCUAUUCAAGAAAAUGAGGGCUUGACUGCUUUUUUUGAUGGUUAUGUACAUAAACACACAUCAUUUAAGGAAUUUGUUGAUAAGUACGAUCUAGCUCUACAUAGGAAGCACAUGAAAGAAGUCACAGCAGAUCUGGAGUCAAGAAAUUCAAGUUCUGAAUUGAAAACAAGAUGCAAUUUCGAAGUUCAGCUAUCAAGAAUAUACACAAGCGAAAUCUUCAAGAGGUUCCAAUCUGAAGUUGAGGGGAUGUACUCCUGUUUCAACACAAGGCAGGUCAAUUUUAAUGGGCCAAUAAUUACAUACAUAGUCAAAGAAAGAGUUGAAGUUGAGGGGAAUGAGAAGGAAGUCAAGUACCACGAGGUUUUGUUUGAGACAACACAAGUGGACAUCAGAUGCAUUUGCAGUUUGUUUAAUUUCAAAGGCUAUCUAUGUAGGCACGCCUUGAAUGUUCUUAACUACAAUGGCAUCGAGGAAAUUCCAUCACGUUACAUUCUGCCUCGGUGGAGUAAAGAUUUCAAGUGCAGGUAUCUUCUUGAUCAUGGCUCCAGUGUUUCAUCUGUUGAGAUGUAUAAUAACCCAUUGUACUGGUAUACUCAUCUAAAUAAGCUGUCCCUUCCGGUUGUGGAAGAAGGGGCACAAUCGCAAGAACGUUAUAAGACCACCUUGCAAGAAUUAGAGGCAUUGUUAAACAAGUUUAAUCUUGUGGAGGAUAACUUAGUGUAACAUAGAAUACAAAUUAACUUGGCAACCUGGAAGGAACACCAAGAUCUUUCCACGAAUGACUGUUUUAAUUGGUAUAUAUGCUUUUCCUUA